AUGGAUUACACCGGAGGCACCGCAGAGGCCGAUCAUCUCUGCGUCUUGGUCCAUGGGCUUUGGGGUAACCCCAACCACAUGGCCCAGAUCGCCAAAAGCUUGCGCGCCAAGUACUCCGCCGACAAGCUACACCUGCUACUUGCGAAGCGAAACAGUGGCUCUUUCACGUACGAUGGUAUCGAGCGUGGUGGUGAGCGUGUGUGCGCCGAGAUCGAGGAAGAGCUGCGCCUCAUUGAGGAGAAGGGCGGCAAGAUCACCAAGCUGAGCAUCGUCGGAUACUCGCUCGGAGGUCUCGUUUCCCGCUACGCCGUUGGCCUGCUUCACUCCAAGGGCAUACUCGAUACCGUGGAAUGCAUGAACUUUGUGACCUUUGCCACGCCACACCUCGGCGUCCGCACACCACUCCGGGGAUGGCACAAUCACUUGUGGAAUGUUCUCGGAGCUCGCACCCUAUCCAUGUCCGGCCGUCAGCUGUUCACCAUCGACAACUUCCGCGAUACCGGUCGACCACUGCUCGCCGUUUUGGCCGAUCCCGAUUCCAUUUUCCUCGCGGGACUAAGGCGAUUCAAACGUCACACCUUAUACACCAAUAUUGUCAACGACAGAAGUGCCGUGCACUACACCACCGGCAUUACCAAGACCGACCCCUACACCAACGUCGACAAGAUCAAGACCAAUUUCUUGGACGGCUACGAAGAUGUCAUCCUCGAUCCCAAUCAUCCCGUGGCGCCAAAGCCAAAGAUCUCGGAGCCGGCCACGCUUUCGUCUGUUGCUGGGUCAAGCUGGAAAUGGAUCAAGCGCGUUCCUUUCGCCAUAGCCUUGACGAUUUUCGUCCCCAUUGGUAUAAUUGCGUUCCUGUUCAGCUCAGUCGUCCAGACGGUCCGUUCAUCGAAACGCAUUCAAUUGCACGAAAAGGGGCUUGCAGGAGUGGCAAUUGACGAAUACCGCGGCCCCCUGUGGAUGAAGGAGAUUCGGGAGGAGGUGGAACACGUGUACGAGACUCUCAACAGCUCGCAAGACCAAGAGUUCCUGGGAAGUGAAUCGGAAGAGGAUCUGGAUGAGGUCGAGAUGGAUCGCAGCACCACACAGCUCCUGGCUAGGGAAAGGCGCAUGUCGGUGCCGUCGCAGCCUACCCUCGCCUUGGCGCCCUACCAGUUCCAGAUGAUUCAGGCACUCGACUCUGUGGGAUGGCACAAGUAUCCUGUUUGGAUCCACAAGGACAGGCACAGCCAUGCUGCCAUUAUUGUGCGUUGGGAGAAGAAGACGUUCAGCGAGGGCCACGUCGUGCUCAAGCACUGGCUUAACGAAGAGUUCACGGUCUAG